AUGGGCAUAAAUAAGGUGUGUCGGGAAUUCCUGAAGAAGGUUGGAGUUAUUGCGCAAGCGCCUAAAUCCCGUCAUUUUCCAGUGAAUGGUUUAAGCUCAAAUUCGCAACUUCAUCAGCAACAGCAGCAGCAGCAGCAACAACAACAAACUGACACACGUAAUAUUUACAACAAUCCUUACACACCUUCACAGCAACAGCAGCAACUUCGUUCGCAGCAGCAUAUUUUUAAGUCCAUUGCGAACAGCACCGGAAGCGGAAACCAAUACGACUACUCAUCUACGAACUCGAACGAGCAACUAGGUGCAUCGGAAGCGGAUAACGCAUUUCUCACUCAUAAUAACGCCUUUAAUUACUCAAAUAGAUUUCAAAUGCGUAUAGUAGCGGAAAAUAACUAA